AUGCCUCUGGGUAUCUUGCAGGAUUACAAGCUCGAACAUGUCCCGGGAACCGCCCCUUUGAGCGAGCUUGGUCGUAUUGAUCUUGAGGUCUCGACUGAUGUUGACCGUGGACUGCUCAAGCAUGAUGUUACAGGGCAGAUUGUACUCGUGCCGCAACCCUCUGAUUCACCCAACGAUCCGUAUAAUUGGCCAAGAUGGAAGAAAGAGAUGUUUACCCUCGUCAUUGCGUACGGAUGCGGUUGUGUAGGAGCCGUCGGCCCACUGCUAACGCCGGCUUUCGUACCACUGGCACAACAAUUCAACGUCCCUCUACAGAGGUUUACACUAGCGCCCUUCGAGGCACUCAUUCCAGCAUCAGUCGGAGACAUCUGGCAUGUACACGAGCGCGGAUUCCGAAUGUCCAUCUUCAAUCUCGGUGUCCUCGGUGGUAUCAACCUAGCGAGCCCAAUCGCUGGAUCCGUCAUCCAAUACGGCUCUUACCGCAUCGCAAUGCACGCGAUGGGUGGUGCCUUUGUUGUCAUGCUCCUCCUCGUCUUCUUCUUCAUGCCCGAAUCCGCUUACCACCGUCACAACGUUAUCAAUAUCGAUACAAGUUCUAAAACGGUAGAGACUGACACGAUGGAGAAGGAGAAGGCCAUUGAGCGUAUCGAAGACCACGCGAUCCAUGCAUCCGUCUCUUCGGAGCGUGCCGACCCCUACGUCAAGACUCUUAUGCCAUGGUCUGGUUAUUGGGAUCAUGUCUCCUUUUGGCGCACAUUCUUGCGUCCUUUUGUUGUGAUCAUGAGCCCUGUAGUCAUGUGGGCCACCUUGCUCUUCACGAUCUGCAUAUCUUGGCUCGUCUUGAUCUCUAUCACAUUGUCGCAGAUCUUCUCCGCCCCACCAUACAGUUUCUCCGUUAGUGCAGUCGGCGCAACGAAUGUAUCGUCAUUCGUAGCGUCGUUACUGGCCACGCUGGUAGCCGGACCGAUCAUCGAUGGAGUAGCAAAGUUCAUGUCGACGCGCAACAACGGUACUUUCGAACCCGAGUUUCGUCUUCCUGUGAUGAUCACGUACCUAAUUUUCACUGCGACCGGAUUCUUUGCCUGGGGCCAAUCGCUCUACAAUCAAGACCCGUGGCCGAUUCCCGUCAUUGUCUGCAUGGGCCUUAUCAACCUGGGUGUUCAGUUGGGAACUACCGCCGUGGUAACCUACGUCUCCGAUUGCCAUCGCGAGCAGGCCGCCGAGGCCUUUGCCAUUAUGAACUUCAUCAAGAAUCUUUUUGCAUUCGGCUUGACGUUCUAUGCCAAUGACUGGAUCGCGGUGCAGGGUGUAAGAGACGCGUUUUAUGUUAUCGGCGGAACUACCAUUGCUGUCACGCUGGCAACGAUUCCAAUGUACAUCUACGGAAAGCGUGCAAGGAGUUGGGUGAAGAGGUGUGGAGUGCUUGAUAGUGUUCUGAAAGUCGAAUAG